CCUUCACUGUCCUUCUAGAAUCACAAGCCUCAAAGAUGCCGUCCGGGCCCCACAAGGCCGAACCCCGGGAACGCCUGUCGUCCGAUUUCCUGGACCCGUUCUGCCGUUCAUGCCGUGUUUUUCCUGGCUGUUCUUCCCCACCGACAUACACCCGCUGUAUGAUGCAUCCCUAGCUGCGAGUUCUCCUAGACAUUUUACUUUUUUUUGGAUUCAUCAUCAAUUUCUGUUGUCGACUUUCUCCGGCUGCUACCGUUUCCUCCUCCUCACCAUUCUCCGUCUACUGACUCAAUAGGAGCCAACUGGUUGGUCAAGAUGCGCGUGACCAGUAUACCGCUUGGGCUCCCGACUACGGCGAAGCCCCUCUUUCGGUCCUCGACUGCCCGUUCUGCGAGGAUCAUCACAAACACCACACCCCGGCGGACACAAUGUACAUCAGCAUGCGGACAUAGGAACGUCAACCAGUCGCGCGCCUUGGCACAUGCUGCUCGUCCUACCGCCCGCAUUAUCCUCCCUGCGACAUUUACCGCUGGCCAAAGGAGGAGGGCGACGACCGCUACCGCCGCAGCCGCUGUUCACAAUGUAAACCCAGAAAACCUCGGCCCCAUCCAAGAAUACGACCGCCGAGUCGCCAACGGGGAGUUACGAAAUGACGACCACCAAAGAGGAAUCAUCCAAAACCUACAGCAUCUUCACGAAGAUCUCCGGAAUUACGCGGCGCCGCCCGUCGUCCACCCGACCCUCGACUCCCUAAAACCGCACAAGUCUCUUUUCUCCUUCUUCGGCGGCAAGCCCAAGAGCGCCAUCGCCGAAAUUCCUGCCAACCUCCCCCGCGGACUCUACCUCUAUGGCGAUGUCGGCUGCGGCAAGACCAUGCUCAUGGAUCUCUUUUACGACACAUUACCCCACAACAUCAAGUCCAAGACGAGGAUACACUUUCACAACUUCAUGCAGGAUGUCCACAAGCGCCUCCACAAGAUGAAGAUGCAGUACGGCAACGACAUUGACGCCAUUCCCUUUGUUGCGGCCGACAUUGCUCAGCAGGGAAGUGUUCUCUGCUUUGACGAGUUCCAGUGUACCGACGUAGCCGACGCCAUGAUUCUUCGCCGCCUCCUCGAGUCUCUCAUGUCCCACGGUGUUGUGCUUGUCACGACCUCCAACCGACACCCUGACGAGCUCUACAUGAACGGUGUCCAGCGCGAGUCCUUCAUCCCCGCCAUCGAACUGCUCAAGAACCGACUGCACAUCAUCAACCUCAACUCGAACACCGAUUACCGCAAGAUCCCCCGCCCUCCUUCCGGUGUCUACCACACCGCGCUCGACGCCCACGCUGCCUCCCACGCCGAGAAGUGGUUCCGCUUUUUGGGCGAUCCCGAAAACCCCGAGCCACACUCCGAGGUACAAACCGUCUGGGGCCGCGAGAUUCACGUUCCUCGUGUCAGCGGGCGUUGCGCCUGGUUCACUUUCAACGAGCUAAUCGGCCAGCCGACGGGUGCCGCCGACUACAUUGAGCUGAUGCGCUCUUACGACGCCUUCAUUGUCACCGACAUCCCCGGCAUGACCUACCGUCAACGCGACCUGGCCCGCCGCUUCAUCACUUUCAUCGACGCCGUAUACGAGUCGCACGCCAAGCUCGUCCUGACGACCGCCGUGCCCCUAACAGAAUUGUUCGUUUCCCGGCAAGAAGUUGAGGAGUCGCUCAAGAAGCAGGGCAAGGCUUUGGACCAGACGCAGUCUGUCGAAGAUGUGAUGAGCCACAUGAUGGACGAUCCCGAGCAGAAUGCCGACAAGCUCUCCAAGUCAAACUUGUUUACCGGUGACGAGGAAGCCUUUGCGUUCGCGCGUGCGCUAUCGCGCUUGACUGAAAUGGGCAGCAAGAUGUGGGUCGAGCGUGGUAUGGGUCUGGAGAACAAGGGUGGUAAGCCUGAGCGUGAUAGUUGGGCGAAGACUAGGAGCAGGCAGAUGGAAGACAGCAUGUAGGACAACAGAGGUGAAGAAAAGGAUGAAGAAGAGAUGCGGUUGUUUGGUUAAAGAAUCGAUACCCCGAAAGACAGAGCGACAGUCACUUCACUUAUACUACCCACACGGCUCGUCUGCAAGAGGCGUGAGCCAGGAAAAAGCAUGCAUUGGUGGUUAUCGUCCUUCAUUUCCUUUUUUCUGGAUCCUUUUUGGCGCUAUUCCUAAUGGCAGCGGAUCUUGGUGCCGUUUCUCUGGUCAGGUUUGGAUACUUAGCUUCAUUAUGUCUUAUAGCAUGCUGUCCACUCAGACGUCAAGCUGUGCUGCGGGAGGGAAUGAAGUUUGACUUGGAUACCUUUCACGAUUCUUCUAAUAAUACAGCAUUGUUACAGGGAUCAAAA